AUGCCGUGGGAUAGAGUUUACAGAGCGGCGGUGGGUUUGAUGGGCAGUACCAGCGACGUACCGCUCUGUUGCACCGAAACCGCCACGACGAAAACUCGAGGCCCUCGCAGCAGCGAAUGCCCCAGCAACCUCAUUCUCCCGUGCAUGACAAUUGCAUUCUCAGCGGUGGCGGUGGGAGUGGAGCUCGUCAACAUGCCCAUGCUCUCUCUGGCAUUGGAAAAGUUGCAUGAACCGGGCGAAUUUGCGGCAUGCGCUCAUUUGCUGAGACCGAGCUGCAGAACUGCAAGGCCACGGUCUGAUAUGCACGUCAACGCAAAGCGCUCGAUCGGUGCUGGAGCAGCCAAUCUGAUACCUGCGAUACCGUACCUCGUCGACGGGGCGGGCCUCGAUUACAAGUCUCCGGACAGCGUGUGGUGCGCUGGCGAGGCUUCUAGCCGUGUAGUAAAACGUGGACGACGUGAUUGUGCUGGGAGAGGGUCGAAAGACGGGCCCAUCUCUCGCGUGGAGGCAUGUGCUGGGCGUUUCAACAACCGGCUCCGUGCCACCAAGCACGAUAUCUCCUGGAGCCCGAUACCGACGACGACGACUGGCACGCACUGCUAUGAGGCAUUUGCGCCUAUGGCGCUUAUAAUUGCGGAGAAGGAUCCUUGGUCUACCUGCUGCACGUUCGAAGCGGUGAGACCCGCUCCAGCAGGGCAGCUGUUGCCAGUAUAA